AGAAGAGGAGGAGGGGAAGGAGAGGAGGAGAAGAGGCGGAGGAGAAGAGGAGAAGGAGGAAGGCGACUGGCUUCUCUGCUUGGCCCCUUUGCCUCUCUCUCUCUCUCUCUCCCGCCCCUCCCUUCCUCGCAGCCCCUUUCUUUCCCGCCUCUUUCCUUCCUCCUUCCUUCCUUCCUUCCUUUCCCUUUCUCCUGCCUGAUGGAAGGGAAGCGCUGUCCUCGGGCUUCCCCCUCUCGCUCCCUUCUUCCUCCUCCUGCUUCCUCCCGGAGCCGGCCGUGUGGAGCAUGAAGCACCAUGGUGUGGUGCGACCGUGGGGUCCAGAUGCUGCUGACCACGGCGGGCGCCUUCGCCGCCUUCAGCCUCAUGACCAUCGCCAUCGGGACGGACUACUGGCUCUACUCCAGCGCCAACAUCUGCAACGGGACCAACGUCACCGCCCCGGACGAGAGCAGCGCCCAGGCCCAGCCCAAGAAGCCCAAGGGGGACCUCACCCACUCGGGACUCUGGAGGGUCUGCUGCAUCGAAGGGAUAUAUAGAGGGCAUUGUUUUCGGAUCAACCACUUUCCUGAAGACAAUGACUACGACCAUGAUAGCUCAGAAUAUCUUCUCCGCAUUGUCCGUGCCUCCAGUGUAUUUCCUAUCCUAAGCACAAUAUUACUCUUACUUGGAGGGCUCUGCAUUGGAGCGGGCAGGAUUUACAGCAGCAAGAACAACAUCAUCCUCAGCGCUGGGAUCCUUUUUGUUGCAGCAGGUUUAAGUAACAUAAUUGGGAUAAUCGUCUACAUAUCCAGCAACGCAGGUGAUCCUAGUGACAAACGGGACGAGGACAAAAAGAACCAAUACAAUUAUGGCUGGUCUUUUUAUUUUGGAGCGUUGUCUUUCAUUGUGGCAGAAACAGUUGGAGUUCUAGCUGUGAACAUUUAUAUUGAAAAAAACAAGGAACUGCGGUUUAAAACCAAGAGGGAAUUCCUCAAGACUUCUUCUUCUUCUCCAUAUGCCAGAAUGCCGAGCUAUAGGUAUAGGAGGAGGAGGUCCAGAUCAAGUUCUCGGUCCACGGAGCCUUCUCCAUCCAGGGAUGUUUCUCCACUGGGCCUGAAAAUGGCCGGCUCCAUCCCCAUGAAUGAAUUCUCCAUGUACACGCUCUCCAGGGAACCCUUAAAAGUUACCACUGCUCCAAGUUACAAUAUGGAACAAGAUGCUGGUUUUCUUCAAGUCCACAAUUUCCUUCAAAAGGAAUUCAAGGAAGGACUUCAUAUCAACAUGGUCAACAGGAGAACCACGCCCGUCUGAAGAGAUUGGCUGUCUCUUUAAUUAAAAAAUGACACAAAAUUCAGAUCUUUUAUAUAUGACGAGGGGGAGGGCUGAAAAACAAUCUUGCAUACCUCAAGAUAAAAUCACAGCAAGAGGUUGCAAACAGAGAUACUGAAAUAGUGAAAUAACCUAACACUGCUGAACUAUACAUUUCUAGCUGGUUUUUAUAAGCUCUUUUGAAAAUUUGUUUAAUUCAGAUUCUCAGUGUCUCACACACGCAUAUACAAGAAAUUGAAAUCAGCAGCUCAUAUCCCAGCACUUUUGUAGUACGUGUAGUGUAACGUGUGACAAUGGAAACAUUUUAGCUGAGGUAGGUUUUUAAAAAUUUCAAUGUGGGCUUUUUCUUUCAUCCUUUCUUUCUUUCUAUAAUGCUGUCCCUUGAUGCAAACCCAAACCAGUCACAUACGUUCCUUUUUCCUUUGAGCUGAACAAAGAGGGAGUAGACCUUUCUGUAGAAACAACCACCUCUUCUUAAAGAAAAAGGCAAACUAUCGGGAACGGUAGUGGAUCGUUUCGUUCUGGAAGACUCGCAUUCUGCAGACUCUUGGAAUGGAAUCGGGAAAGCAAUGAUUUGCGUGAAUCAUGGUUCUACUAUUGGGACUUGUGCACACUGUAAAGAGACGUAUAGUCUGGGUACUUAAUGAAACUGUUUAUCUCUAUAUGGAAUCCUUGUUUAGUGAGAGACCCAAGUGAUGUUUGACUCAGUUGUUCUGUUAUGGGGAACAUUUUGCUCUCCUGCCCCAUAAGCCUGUUCAGUGUCAUUACAUUUUCAAUAAUACUUUGGUCUGUAUACCACUUGAGUAAAUAACAUUUUAAGAUAAAAGAA